AAUGUCACAAACUACCGAUGCCAAGGAUACGCCGCCACCUAAGCCCAAGCGUACCAAACAAGCAAAGGAUGUGAAAAACAAUCAGCCAGAACUCGAAACAAUAAAACCAAGGGGCUGGAAGUCAUAUUUGGUGAGCGAUUUGUGCAUACAAAUCACCGCUUGGCUGUUGUUCACUCUUGGCCUAUGCAUAAUCGCAAGCACGGUUUAUGUGGGAAUUUUGGUGCAAUUAAAAGAUAAUCAAAUAUAUGACGAUGAUAGCAAUUUGAAUAAUACCAACAAUAGUGUCGAAUAUAUAUACACAACACAAAGUACCACUGUGACAAGAGAAAGUACAACAGAGGCGUUAAAUAAGAGCGUAAGAGCUUUAUUAUUAACAACGUCCGAAUUUCCCGAAAACAGAAGAGGCUGCAGAGAGUAUGAAUGCAAAGUGACGUGUAGAAAUGCAAGCCGUUUGUAUGAGAUGCUCUAUGCUACUUACGAGGAUUCUCGUUGUAGCACAAUUGAUGUUUUACUUAUCAUAAAUCAAAGCUUUCCAAAUGGUCAUUUGCGCAAUUCUUGGAUAGCUGAGAAGCGACCCGUUAAUGAACUAAUCAUCAGCAGUAGUAAUGUAACGCGCAUACGCAGCGGAGCCUUUAAUUCACCACUCUUUGUCGACACCUACUUCAUGUCGCUGAACAACCUCCAGUUAAGGCAAGUUGGUAGCGGCUCUCUACUUGGUUUGGGUUCGUUGCGUUACCUAAUCAUCGACACGCCACUUCGUGAGAUAAAUCGUGCCUUCUUCCAGCCUGUACAAUCGACACUUAUACAUGUGCGUUUGAAUUGUGGCUUGUUAGUGUUGCCGGGCACAACGAUAUUCGGUGUGAGCAAACUAAAUAAACUGGAGUAUGCCGAUCUGAGUCACAACGUCUUCAAUGGAUCGUUAACGCGUGAAAUGCUCGCGAGCACACCCAAUUUACGGUAUUUGCAUAUAACGAACUCUAAAAUUACUGCUAUAGAAGAGGACGCUUUUGCCGAUCUCACUGGUAAACUACAAGUACUCGAUUUAUCCGAAAAUUUUAUUUCAACCAUUUCGAGUAAGGUGCUAUGGCCGCUUUUGAAUUCCUUGAAACCCACCUUAGUUGGCCUGUCAUACAACCAAUGGAACUGUGAGUGUACACUCCAAGAAUUCGCGGCAGUUUAUAGGCAAUUUCGGAGACAAUUUAUAGGCAGUAUAUUCUGUCGAACGCCGGUAAACCUUCACAGUCAGGAGUUGCACGAGUUGAAUUUCCAGCACGAUAACUGUUUAGUGACGACAACGGAAUUGGAGGAGACUAGUUGGGAGGACGACGCAAUAAAUACGACAAUUAGCAAUAAACCAGAUGUCACAACAGUGGCAACGACGAGACUAACAACAGCCAAAGUACUUAGCACAACCAAGAAAACUAAGAAAACUACAACGGCUAAAACUACGAUACAAAAACCUCUAACAACAGGAACAACAAAAACACCUAUAAAAACACUUGAACCCACAACAACGGCGGGCACUGCUUUGUUGGUAACCACAUACGCGCCAAACAAGACCGGUGGACGACCCUCACCUGGUGAAGAUAUUGAUAGCCGUUCUAGUAUUGAGGUUUCGGACAUCAUACAAAUGCGCUGUUUGUAUACCUUGACUAACCGUACUACGCAGACAGAACCAGUAAGUCGCGAUAAACGUGCCUUUGAUAUAGAAAUGAUCUCAAUAGAAUCCGAAGAUGCCGUCGAGUCAGCAAGUGAACAGAGUAACUCAAGCGAAGAAAGCGUUGAGCGUGGGCUAAUUAUUCCAUUAUCAACGCUAGAGGAGACUAUCUUGACACCACAGCUUCAGGAUACCACCACUUCAGAAAAUACCAUUAGUACGAGUACUACGUAUUCGAUGUACACGUACAAUCGUAAUUUGCACAAACCAGUGAUGACCUAUAAAUUUGAAUUACCCACCUACACGUUCCAGUUGGCUUUGCUGCCCAAUAAUUCGGUGCAAGUGUUGAUAACCGAUUACAAUGCACAACCGGAAAUCAAUGUGAUUUGGUUUAGCAAACAAUAUGAAAAGUCCACGGAUGAAAAUAACGGUAAAGCAGCACAAAAUAUCGAUUACCAAUGUCAAAUUUAUGUGCAGCCGUAUAUGUUGGUGCACAAUUUAAGUGAGAAUAACACCUAUACGUUCUGCAUGCUAGAGUUGCCCGAAAGCACAAUUUCACCUUUCAAUUGCCUGCCACUGCAUGUGCCGGCGAAGCAACGUGAAACGGAUAACACUUGGAUAUCCGAGGAUGACAAACAAUUCACAUUAAGUAUGUUGUGCUUGAUUUUCAUACUGUCGGCAUUAUUUGGUGGUAUUAUCGCCUACUUUGGGGUAAAAACAUAUCCAGAGUUUCUGGAGGGUUCAAAGAAUGUCUUGGUCGUGAAAAGCUCCGAGCAAGAAUCGGAUUACUUAAGGAGUACGGGAUCUAUUAAGAAGGAACCGCUUAGCAGGAGAUCAACAAAAAAACUUACUGUAUCGACUUCGGAAACACCGCCCAUGUGCUUGCCACCACCACCACCCUUCAGUGUAUCCAAUUAUAAUUUGGAACGUUUGUCUAGCGUCAAAUCAUCUUCCACUCUAUUUGACAGUCCCUUUGCACCGCCGCCACCGUUUUCAGCUAUCGAUGAUCAAUAUGAAUUACCAAAGCAGUAUAAGCCUGUCAAUGGCGAUGAUCGCUGUGUAUCCAAUCCAUAUGCAAUGAGUCCAUGUUCACCACCACCUUUGCCAAAACGAAAUCCCAGCAUUACAUCGACAUUUGUGGCUAAUCGUUUUCCAAAAGUCGAUUAGAUGGCGGCGAAACUAUAAUGAACUAAAAAAUUUUCCAUAUGAGGUUUUAUAUUGAAUAGCCUGCCCCAUUCCGGUACAUGUCACUUUUGAAGCUGUAAAUGUUUGACAUUUGACAUAUAAAAUCUACGUCACUAAUAAAAAUUACACGACACAUGACACACGCCUCAACAACGAAUACAUAUGAUUAAAUUUUUACUUCAAUUUCACAAAAAUGUCAUCGAAAAAAUCAGCUUUCCAUCUCGAAGGCUACGUCAAUAAGCUAAAACAGUAACUUCUGGGGUGCGAAAAAUCCACAGUAUAUUGUUGAAAGGCCUCUCCAUUCUCAACGAGCAACUGUUUGGAGCGUUCGGGAAAAUGUGCUAUUGGACUUUAAGGAAGUUCGGAGUUGGAUGGUAUUAAUCGGGCGCUACAUACCACACAAGCAACGUAACUAUCAAAUCUUUUAAGGAAAAAUUUUCUUUAAAAUAUCAAUAUUGGAAAACCCUUUAUUUAACCUGAGAUUAAACAUAACCAUUUAUUUGAUGUUGGAUUCGUGAGAAUAAGAACCAACGUACCAGUAAUAUUUUUCCCUAAAUCGAGAGAGUAAAUAUAUUAUGGUGAAAAAUUCCCAUAGUCUUCUAUGUAAAAAUCUAUCAAUGUUCUAGACUAACAUUAACUUGU